CCAGUAGGAGGAUUGAUAUAUUUCAAUUUGAUGUUUGUUUCCUAGGUUUCUAGUAACCAACACAUUUAAAUUAUCAGUAAAUCUAUACACAAUUUCACCUCUUAAUUAUUUAUGUAACAUAAUGAAUUAGAGAUCAUGCAUUACGAAGAAAAGGAGAGAGACACGUUUCCUUCUACUUAUGCUAAAACUUACAUUUGGCAUAAGUCACAACCAGAACUUUAUAUAUCUGCAGGUUUUGAUGCCUUUGCCUUGACUAAAGAUGAAAAGAAAGCUUUCAUUGAUCUUAAUGCUGUAAAGGAACUGCCAUGGGAUGAACAACUUGAGAUAAUACGAAAUCUUUAUGCUCAGAGAAUGAAAACUACAUACUAUGUUUACCAUUGUGAAAACCUAAAAAACAAAGUGAGCAGUAAAGAUGGCCAAGAUUCCAUGCACCAGGACACGCUCUUAGACGUUGCAGACAAUAUGUAUAGCGAGAAAACUCGGAAAGUUCUUCAACCCCUGCCUACUGCUAGGAGAGUAUUGGGCUAUUGUAGGCCAGCUUACUACUACACAGGGCAUUCCGAAUAUCAAGGGGAGUACGGCAAGUUAGGCUAUGAGAGACUGCUGCCGUUCCGAGACUUCCGGCUCAAACAGCGGCUUCCCUUCUGUGACCAGUUUAAGUCUACUCGCAGACACUGAUGUAACCAUGCGUUGUUCGAGAUAAAUACAACAUUGUAUACGAUUAUUAUAUUGUACUUUUCCUUGUA